UUCCGGGCAGUUCAGUCGUGCCGUCGCCGUCGCGCAUCACAGACGCGUGCUCCGUUUCCCGCGUAUGCCGGUUCGCCGUUACGCCCGACGCUGUCCGUGGUCCGCGCCACGCUUUCGUCGUCGGAUUUGUUAGAUUUUUUUUUUCACGUGUUUCGUUUCGCAUCGCGGUUUUUGCGUGCGCGUGUUCUUUUCCGAUCACCGGCGUUUUUUUUUAUCGCAAAUUUUUCUUUCGAUUGUCAGUGCUUACCGACACGCAGUGCCUAUAUAUCGCAAUCGACUUCCACUGCGGUUUAUCUGAAGAGCGAUCAUUAGUUUGUGCAUAAUAUAUAGUCGGCAGAAAACGAUUUGACAGAAUGUUUGGGUAUCGCAAUAUGGUUUUAUAACAUCGUUUUCUCUGCUUUAUGUUAUGUCCGCAUACAGCGACAAAAUGUACGAAAUCAAUCGACUGCCACUGCUAGUGCAGUAGAAUUUUCAAGGAAGAAAAAUAGCUGAAUAAUAACUAUUAUUCGACUGCGUGAAUAUAAGGUGACGUGUGCGUUUAUAUAACGAUAACGAAAUCUUGAUCAUCGCGGUUCGAUCAUGCCGCUGUCGCCACUGUUGAUGGUGCUGACGAUACCGUCGCCACUGCUGGUACUGUUGUUCUGUAACGCUGCCGCAGUAAGCUCUCAGCUGGCAUGGACACAAAUCUACGUCGGUUCCAACAGCCAAGUGGACCUAUGGACACAAGAAUCACAAGGGUGCCGAUGCAAUCACGAUUUACUUAGACAGGACUGCGCCUGUUGUGUACCACACGGCGGAUGCCAAUGCGGAGCACUAGCGCUGAACCGUUGUGCGCAAUGCGGUUUGGAGCAGCAUUGCACUAAUAUGUGCAACGUCACGAUAAAAGCCGAUAUGUUGUUGGCCCGUUCAAACUCGACGUUCGGCCAGAUCAAAUCUCCCGCGCUGUCCGGCCCGAAUUAUUGUUGGUACACGCUGGACCCCGGAUACGACAGACGAGUGGAACUACAAGUGUACAGGCUCGUCAAUGCCGGCCAUUUCAACGGUUCCAGUUGUGUAUCGGGAUACCUAGAAUUGGUGGAUUCUUUUGGACAAGGAUCAGGACCCCGGAUAUGUGGCCAAAAUGAACGGUUAGCACCUCCAGUCGUCAUGUUUGCAGAUAGAGAAUCAGCAAUAUUGAAUUUCCGGAUUGAAGAAGCCACGUCUAGAUCACAAUUUUUGGCAUAUUUUAGUUUUACUUCGUUAACAAAUGUUCAUGGUCUAGCGUUCAGGCCAAAAGGAGGUAGAAGGAUAGAACACACGGUUUGCGAUUGGUUGUAUCAAGAUUUUUCUUGUAACAAAGACUCUUGUACACUUGCAAGCCCUGGGUUUCCGGGAAUUUAUGGUACAAACCUUUAUUGCAAGUACCAUAUUACCACAAGCUCCGUUCACACCCAAGUACGGCUCCAGUUUCUCACGUUAUCAUUACCACUCAACCACUGUGGAACACAUUACAUAAACGUUUAUCAAGGACCGACAUCCAACAGUCCUUUAAUAACAACAAUUUGUGACAAGAGCAAAAAAGAUCACAUUUUUCCCGGGCCAAACGUGCUACUUGAGUUCAGAGCUGGAGCUGCAAUUCCGCCGUACGACUACACGGGAUUCGUGGCCACUAUCGAGUUCAUCGAUGACGUGAGUACACAAUUAGCUAGUACUGCAGCCACGUUGGAAGUAUCGCCGUAUCCGGCCAUCGCAAUUCAGAGAAACUUGAGAAACGACCAAUCUUGUGAGAUGACAAUUAAAUCGGCCGAUAUUAAGUCUGGACAUUUUGAUUUACGUGGCAUGCAAAAUUGGAAAACUAAUUGCACUAUUCGUUUUGAGGGAAGGGAACCGGAAAUUGUACACAUAUCCUUGUUUAACUACGUACUUAAAGCCAGUUCUUGUGAAUCAUUUAUUGAGAUUUAUGACGGACCAAAUAUAAGGUCGAAAGAUAAAACUAAAAAAUUGUGCAGUCCCGUAGAGAAUCAUGCUAGGGAUACAAAUGGAAUGUUUCGUGAAAGACAAAUGUUUGUUUCGUCGGGGAAUCAUAUGACGCUUUUCGUCCGUAGAUUAAUGGCAAGCAAUCAAGACGAAGAGACUGAAUUUUUAGAUGGAGCCUACAGUUUCUUUAAUGUAUUAGAAAGAGGAACAUUGCAACCGGAAACUUUAUGUGAUGUUAACUACAAUGGCCGAAGCAGUUCAUCUAGAGGAAAACUGAAACAUCCAGGAACCGAACAAAUAUUUUGGAAUGUCGAAGGACAAUUGAGAUGUUCACAAAAUCUCAUUCCAGCUACCAACCAAAGCAUAAGCAUCAAAGUAAUAUCAUUAAAUAAGAUGUCUUCGGACUUGUGCUACACCGAAUGCGGAGACGGUGGAUGUCGUUGUGUCAAAAACGCUACAUCCAUAGUCGAUCAACUAUACGUCAUUUCAACAAACGAUGACAUAUUGUCUUGCAUUUGUGGUGAUUUUCAGGCCGAAUGGUUACCGGUCACCGUCAAAUCAUGGUCACCCAUAAAAUUGGUAUACUCGGUAUCAAAGUACAGCUGGUCCAACAAGGGGUUCGAGUACUCAGCCGAGUAUUCGUUCAAAGACGAUAUGGUAUGUGGUUAUCGGGUCAUUAACCAACAUACCGGUAUACUUGAAUCGCCAAUAAUGAUCAGGGAUAGUCCACUUAAUUUCUAUUACCAUCAGGAUUGCACAUGGUUGCUGGAUUCAAAUGUCGAACGUCACUUAACCAUAGAAAUAGGAAGUUCACAAAGUCGUCCUUGCUCAGCGUGGAAUAUAAGCAUUCAUGAGUAUUCGGAAAGAUCAGAUGAUAAAGCCGGUCAGAUAUUAUACACAUUCUGCUCCAGAGAAAAAAAUUCAACCAACACGUUGCCGUGGCAAAUGAAUAUCGUAGUAAUCAAGCUAAGAGUAAUGACGCAGACACCACCUCAAUAUUACAUUAAAUGGAGAUCAGAUGUCGAUCGUGCCAGACUGUCCGGGUCGACGGCGCAUACAGCCGCUGCUAAUAGAUCAUUAAAAUUGACAAAUAAUUGGACAAUAUUAUUAUUUACCGUCAUAUUUGUUUACGUAAAACAAAUGAAAAACAGUUGAAUAGUUGCCAGUAUGAGUAAAGGAUGUUUUACAUACGUAGAUUUAAUUAAAGGUGUCUACAAAUAAUUGAACUAUAAACGAUUAUUUUUGGUUGUGACUGUUAGUGUUUGAUUGAUUUCGUGCCAAACUUUUAAGUAAAUGUUUUGUUUAGUAAUGUAUUCAUUUAAAACUGUAGAUAAUCUGAUAAUUUACUGAAUAUUGGCAUAUCAUCAACUGAAUGAUAAAAUUAAUAACAAAAUUCUACUUGCGUCUAUAAUUUUUUGUUAGUUUUUUGUUUGUAUAAUCAAUGAACUACGAAUAAAAAUAAUUAUAAUAUAAUCGAUAUUCAAUAAAAUUUAUAUAAUAUUUCAUACAAAUUAUUCUUAUAAUUUGACAAAGUUAUAUUAUAUUCACGAAUAAAAUGAAACAUAUUUAUUUCACAACAAUAAUGUGUGUACCUAAUACGAUAUUAUAAUUGAAAGUCAUCUAACAUUUUUGGGAGCUGUACUAGUUCCAAAAAUGGUAUGAUGCCUAAUUAAAGUUUUAAAAUAACAGUUAUAAAAAAAUUCUGUUAGUAUACAUCUCAUUUACCAUUUUGUUAAAAGACUUAAACAAAAUAUUUUUUUUUUAUAUAAUUUUAUAAAUCAUUGUUCACAUAAUUUUGUAAAUCUAGUUUAGUAUGCUACCUCUUGAUGAAAACGCCUAGGUAAUAGUAUUUUAGAACAAAAAAAGCUAAAAACAUCUAACUAUCUAAUAAAUAUUGGUUAAGUUCUAUAACUGUAAGCUCAUGUAUUUAUACAUUAAUGUUUAUAAAGAUUAUGAGUUUAGAGGUUUAAAUUCACCAUUGCUUAUGAUUGAGAUGUUUAUGUAAAUAACAUUUAAUACUCAAAAAGGUAUUAAUAAAAAAAAUACAUAAAAUUAAAAUUAAAUUAAAAUAAAUAAACAAUUUGUAUCAUUUACUCCACGAUAAGAAAAUAUAAAUAAAUAAAUAAGCAAGUAAUAAUUCAGAAUGAUUUAAUUUUUUGCAAUAAUUUUAAAAUAAUUUACAAUUUUUUUAUUUUUUAUUUUAAUGCAAAAUGUUUUAGCCUUGAAGUAUAAAAAAUUAAAACUAUAUUGACAUAAAAAAAGAUACAAACUUUCUUUUAUAUUUUUAAAUAUAAGUUGGCAUUCAAGUUUCACUGCGUUUUUAGUAUGGAAAAACGAGAAAACAUUCUGGUUCACUAUAAAUAUUAGUUAUAUUUGAAGAUAAUAAAUAUAUUAUUAUAAUAUUAAUCAUGAUGUUAAGACUAAUAAUAAUAUUAACAUUAUUAUUACUUAAUACAAUGUUAUAAAUUAUAAUACAUUGGUCAUUUAAGUUUAAGAUUUUUAAAAUACAUAAUGUUUCAUUUACUGGUAGGUGCAUGUAGUAGUUAUGUACAAUAAUAAUGUUAUACAAAAAUAUUACUGAUGUCAGCCAGCCAAAGUUGCACGAAAAAAAAUAUUAUCACUUGCUAAUUUGAUUAAGCUACUUUUAUCUGUAUAUUACGUUAUAAUAGUUAUUAUAUGAUUAGGUUAAAAAGUAUCCUUUUUUUAUGUUUUGAUUAAAUGAGACAAUGUACAUAAUUUUAAAUAAAAUAAUCAUCAUAUAAAAUACUUCUAAAUCCUUAUUUAUUGAUUAUUAGACAGUUUUCGACUGAUCUGUUUUCGUUAAAUAAAUUAUAUAAAACAAUCUUACAAGCAUAUUAUGUUUAUGUAUAAUGUAUAUAAUAUAAUUAUUGUUGAUGAAUUAUAUAGAAAAUCAUAGCAAAAUGUUGACUGUUGGAAAAUUGUUCAAAAAUUGUUUGAAACUAAUUGGCUAAUAUGUGCGGUGAAUUGUGAAUAAAUUGUUUAUUAAAUAAUAAACUCAUUUUUAACGCUA